CCAUGAAACGUUUUGAAUUAGGAGGAGCGAGGAAAAGGAACGGACCAUGAGGGAGUUAAUACACACACACAUACUGAGAAAGUGGCAACUCUGCAAGUUGAGUCCUGAGGAAAUGCUGUGGGAACUGUAGCCAGAAGGGGAGGGACUUUCUGUUUCCCUCACUUGUGCGCUGUCUCUUUCUCGCCAGCUCUCUUCCCUUGUGGCUGAAAGGCAGGAGGAGAGGAAUCGGUCACUUAAAUGUGCCUCUGCCUGAGGCUUAGUUUGGAGGACUUUAUUCCUGCUCAGCAGCUGCAAGCAAAACACUCCUGGAUAUGGCUAUCUCAGGAAGCUUCUGGCUUGUUGUUUUCACCGUUUUCAUCACUGAAUUACAACAGCUGUCCUUACAAAUCACCCCUCCCUGUAGCAGUGAGCAGCAUUAUGAAUAUUCUGGACGGUGCUGCACCAAAUGUGAGCCAGGAAAGUACAUGUCUGCCAAAUGCACUCGCACUUCAGAGACCGUAUGCCAGCCCUGUGGUCCAAAUGAGUAUAUGGACACCUGGAAUGAAGAAGAAAAGUGCUCGCUUCAUAAAAUAUGUGACCAAGGAAGAGCUUUGAUAGAAGUGAACCCGGGAAACAGCACAAACCAGCGGCAGUGUGCCUGCAUAGCUGGCUACCACUGGAAUGAAGACUGCGACUGCUGCCGGAGAAACAAGAAAUGUCCCCCUGGCUCUGGAGUCAGGCAUCCCAUACAACAAAAUAAGGACACAGUGUGCAUGCCGUGCCCAAGAGGAUCCUUCUCUAAUGUCUCUUCCGCGACUGAUGCAUGCAAAAUGUGGACCAACUGCACAGCUCUAGGAACUGAGGAAAAAAUUCCUGGGAACAGAUUGGCUGAUGUCGUUUGUAAGAAGCAGCUGAAGCAGCCACAAGACGAAACCAACACAUUAUUUUAUAUACUGAUUAUUCCACUCCUCAUUGCCUUGGUUGGCAUUGCCAUCUUUGUGAUACUCUAUCGCAAUAAAGGGAAAGCACUGACAGCAAAUCUACAGUACUGGGCUAAUGACAUGUGCAAGCAAAUGAAAGGGACAAAGGACUCUCCUCAUGGUACAUUUGUGAACAGAAGCGUGGCAAGCCCAGCUGGUCUUCGGCUUUUGGGGGGCACAUAUUUGCUGGACCUUGACGAAUAUUCUUUUUCAGAGGAUGCAUGUUACCCCCAUGGAGACAUCCUGAAUAGGAAAGCAAGCCCUGAUGCAAUCCACUGUGAACUGGGAGACGAUUUCCCAACGCUGCCUCCCAUAGCUGUGUCUGAAGAUGACCAGUUUAGGCAGAUACCCACAGAGGACGAGUAUACGGACAGAACGACCCAGGGGCCUUGCUAUUUUCCUUUACUGGGUAGACCUGAAAGCAAGCCUGUGUCGCCAUUCUCUGAGCCACUGGAAGUAGGAGAAAAUGACAGCUUGAGUCAGUGCUUCACGGGGACUGAGAGUUUGAUAGACUCAGCAAACUGCUGCUGCUCAGACCCUUCAUGUGGAAUGGACCCUGUUCAUGCCCCCUCACACCAAUGCCUGCAGAACUCUUUUCAUCAGUCCGCCUGCAGUAGCAUGGGAGAUGCCGAUAACCGAGGCAUAGGUGUCUCCUUCUCAGUGCCCAAGGAAAUCAGGUGUGCUGCCUGUUGUGUGUCCUGCAGAGAAUCUUCCAGCAAAGCUGGCAGCACCAUGCAUUCUUUAAAAGAAAGUGGGCCUUCUCCACUGUGCACCUGUUGCUUGGACUCUCCCUCGGUGGAUCAGUGUGGUUCGGCAAGCAACAAUGGUGUCAGAAGUGAUCCAUCUGACGGAAACGGCACAAAGGACCAUAAUGCAAAACGAGCUCCUGAGUCAUCAAACGGCAGCACUUCAGAUCCCCCAUCAGCAUCUGGAAAUGUGACUGGAAAUGGCAACUCUACAUUCAUUUCAAGCGGGCAAGUGAUGAAUUUCAAAGGUGAAAUCAUCGUCGUCUACGUGAGCCAGAAUUCCCAAGAAGGGUCUAUGUCUCCCGGAUCGAGUGACGACAGCCUGGGCAGCCCAGUGCAAGAGGAAAACCUGGACCGCUGCGAGACCUUUGUGGGCAACGCUCACCAAUAUAAGGAAAAAUGUGCUGAGAUGAAUUCAUAUCACAGUGUGGGUGAUGAGCCGCCGAGCAUUGUGGGAGAGUACAAGAGAACUGCUGGGCCUAUAGCUCAAGAAGAGAUGCAUGAGAGUCAGAAACUUUUCUCUAGUGAGGCCUCGCCGCCUGUGCAAGAGGAGGGAAAGCCAGGGCAGUUUCUAAAGCAACCAUUGCACUGAUGGAACCAAGGCCUGAAUUGCUGGUUUCUGGCAUUUGGUCAAAAGGACACGAUGACUGAAUGUGUUCUAGCAAACAGCACCUGGGUAGCAAUCUUCUAUUUGUUGUCGUCGUCAGAACGCUGCGGCGGACAGAUGAGAAGUAGGGUCUUUUCUGGAUGACGAUCCCUCUGCUAUAAAAGGAAGCAGGAAACUUCAGUACGCUUUGGUGCUAUAGGGUACGUCUCUCACAACAAGCUGAAUAUUUCAGGAUUCAGGCGCAAGAGGCAUUGCUGCUGUUCCAAAUGCCCCAAAUGUCUCGGGAAAUAAGCUCCCGAGCAUCUUGUACAUAUCGCCAAACUUAUCUAGUCUUGCAUCUUGUUAGAACGGUAGACCGGCUGUUAGGGAGAAACUCUGUUCCGUUUGCUUUUAAAGU